UUCUCUCUCCAAUCCGAGGGUUUCUCUCUCUAAAACCCUAGCUCAGAGAGAGAGAGAGAGAGAGAGAGAGAGAGGCGAGACCUAAAACCCUAGCUCUGUGAGAGAGAGAGAGAGGCGAGGCCUAAAACCCUAGCGCUAAACCCCCCGAGUUCAGGGUUUGAUUUCGAGAUCUGAGCAAUUUCUUCAGAAAAUGGCGGUCUCACUUCACCUCGGUUCUCGAUCGAGCUGUCCCGGACUCAGAAGGGACCCGCUGAGCUCGCUCGGUUCGUUGCCGAGAUUUGAGAUCAAGCUUCAGAGGGGGACCGUGCAGAGGAGAGGGUUUUUGAGGGUUUGUUGUGAGAGAGGGGCCUCUGCAGUUGUAGAGAAGAAGGAUGAGAUCUCGAGGAAAGGAUCAGAGGGGAGAGAUGCGGGGUUUAGCGUCGUGAUGAAGUUUGGAGGUUCGUCGGUCGCCUCGGCCGAGAGAAUGAGAGAGGUUGCGAAUCUAAUCUUGAGUUUUCCCCAAGAAAGGCCGGUGGUUGUUCUGUCGGCGAUGGGGAAGACCACGAACAAGCUCUUGCAGGCUGGAGAGAAAGCGGUUAGUUGCGGUGUAUCACAUGUAUCGGAAAUUGAUGAGUUGAGCUUUAUACAAGACUUGCAUCUUAGGACAGUUGAUGAACUCGGAGUUGAUAGGUCCAUUAUUUCUGUUUUCUUGGAUGAACUGGAGCAACUUCUAAAAGACAUUGCCAUGAUGAAAGAGUUGACUCUUCGUACAAGAGAUUAUUUAGUUUCAUUUGGGGAAUGUAUGUCUACAAGAAUUUUCACAGCAUAUCUGAACAAGAUUGGUACUAAAGCAAGACAGUACGAUGCUUUUGAUAUGGGUAUUAUAACCACAGAUGAUUUUACAAAUGCCGACAUCUUAGAAGCAACUUACCCGGCAGUAUCAAAGAGGUUGCAUGAAGAUUGGAUAGAUGAUCCUGCAAUUCCUGUUGUCACAGGUUUUCUUGGAAAGGGUUGGAAAUCCUGUGCUGUCACUACAUUGGGCAGAGGUGGUAGUGAUUUGACAGCUACAACUAUUGGUAAAGCAUUGGGCUUACGAGAGAUACAGGUUUGGAAGGAUGUUGAUGGUGUUUUAACGUGCGAUCCAAAUAUCUCCGCAGAGGCUGAGCCUGUACCGCACUUGACAUUUGAUGAGGCAGCUGAACUGGCAUAUUUUGGUGCACAGGUUCUCCAUCCCCAAUCUAUGCGGCCAGCCAAAGAGAGUAAUAUACCAGUUAGGGUCAAGAAUUCCUACAACCCUCAGGCUCCUGGUACCCUCAUCACUAGAGGAAGAGACCUCACUGAGGCUGUUUUGACAAGUAUCGUCUUGAAAUCAAAUAUCACCAUGCUGGACAUUGUGAGCACUCGAAUGCUUGGCCAAUAUGGUUUCUUAGCAAAGGUUUUCUCUAUAUUUGAGGACUUGGGUAUCUCAGUUGACUGCGUCGCUACGAGUGAAGUUAGUAUCUCUUUAACCCUAGAUCCGGCAAAAGUUUGGAGCAGAGAACUCAUCCAGCAGGCAAGCGAACUUGAUCAUGUUGUCGAAGAACUGGAAAAGAUUGCAGUGGUUAAUCUUCUCCAGAACAGAUCGAUAAUCUCUCUCAUUGGUAAUGUGCAGCGAUCGUCGCUUAUAUUGGAACAGGCUUUCAGCGUGCUUAAAAAGAAGGGGAUCAACGUCCAGAUGAUCUCUCAAGGAGCAUCUAAGGUAAAUAUUUCCUUGGUGGUCCAUGAUAGUGAAGCAAAGGAAUGCGUUAGAGCGCUCCAUUCCGCAUUUUUUGAAAAUGGAAAUGGUUACUCAUCAGAAGUCAGUUCGGAAGGACCGCUACCCAAUGGCUCGUCGGUGCAUUAGAAAAUAAGUUAACUUCCCCCAAGAUUUCUAUACAACCCCAUUAGUUGUUCAGGUGAGGCGAUAUCGUAGGGUGUGCUUACGGCAUUGCUUGAUUUAUUUCUUCUUUUUCCUCGGAGAAAUGUGUCAUUAAUUUGUUUACCGCCUGUGCUGUAAUUCUACGUUCCUGAAAGAAAAUUAUGUUCGUCCGUAUACCUGGUAACAUUUUCCUGUUGUUAGGUAAUAGAAAUUUCUAUGGUCAAUUGUUUGAGCAAUUAAUAUCGUAUGGAAAUAAAACACGCGAUUAAUGUGCGA